AUGCAACAAGUUAUAGAGCGCAGCAAAAAAAAUGAUUUAUUUAAAUUUUUAGACAUGCCACUACAAAUGAAUAGAGAACCAAGCAAAUAAAAAGUACCUAUAACAGAUUUUAAAUCAGAUAAACCAGAGAAAGACAUAGAAAUUUUGAAAAAUAUUGAAAAUUUUGAUGAUUAUUGCACAGAGUUUUCAAAAUUCGAAAAAUAAAUGAAUGCAAAGUACAAUAGCUGGAAGCAAAAUUAAAAAUAAAUUUCACCAAAGAACACUUAAUAGCCAGAAAAAGUUGAAAAGGAAAGUCCACAUAAACAAAGAAUGGCUUUAAAUAAUUCAAUAAUAAGAAAUUAAAUAAGAAACAAUUACCAACUAGCAGUUUGA